CGUGCUGCCUUUUCUCUGCAGUCGGGUACAGCUGGACAGAGGUGGAGUUACCAGAAGUCAGAAGUUUGUAUUUCUGAGGUUUUCUCGUUUUUAAACAAAACACCACCAUGGCGGAAUUAAGGUUUGUGAUCGCCAUGUCUGUGGUGACCCUGUUUUGGGCCAUUGUUGGCGGAGUAGUGCCGUUUUUUAUCCCCAAAGGACCAAACAGAGGAGUGAUAGUCACCAUGCUGGUGUUAACUGCAAUUUGCUGCUACCUGUUCUGGUUAAUAGCAAUUCUGGCCCAGCUGAACCCACUUUUUGGGCCUGCUCUGUCCACUGACACCAUCUGGUACCUUCAGUAUCACUGGCCUUAAUUUACAUUUCCAGGACCCCUGACCAUGCAGCAGGGAAGGACCUGACGCUGCUGCAUACCAAUGGAUGUUUGCUACUCACUCCACGCAGAGAUCAUUCCCUCUGAAAAACUCAGAUCCCUGUGUGAUUAUUGAGUGCCUUGUACAAAAAAAAGUGAUUCCCAAAGGACUUCUGAGAGAUCUCACUGAGCGUAUUUUACUUUAAAUUAAAGCAGCCUUCACUUGAUGUUGUUUGGUUUAUAUAUGAUGUAUACUGUGUUAGUGCUAUUGUUAAUAUGAAUGAGCUUGCCUUCAAAUAGUUGAUGUGUGGCAUGUUUGAUGUGGUCUCUCUUUGUCUGUUAUAUUACUGAUGGAUGUAAUCUAUUGUUAAUUAAUAAAGUAAUAAUCAGA